CAUAUGAUUACGACUUGUUGCGAGCUAACAUUACAGUUCCUGGGGUCUGAAAGCUCUGAUGGGCAAGGUUUCGCAUAGGCUAAUUGACGAACGUCAAAAUGAAGGUUAUCCUGCUAAUCCUGGGAAUAGAACUUCUUCCUACAGUAUCUGCUGCCUUCCACUCUCUGAAACACACAUGCACAGCUCUCUCUGGUGAUACUAACUUCCCAGAGUUCACUGCAUUAAGUCUGCUAGACAAUGUCCAGGUUGCCUACUUUGACAGCAACACCAAGACUGUAGUCCCAAAGACUGAAUGGAUUAGAAGAGAAGGACCAGACUACUUGACCAGUCUGACUGAUAUUAGUAUUGAUGGACAUCAAAGGUUAAAAGCCCACCUUCAAAUAUUUAAGGAUCAAUUUAAUCAGUCCAUGUCUACAGGUGUACACACAUUGCAGGUGAUGAUGGGUUGUGAGUGGGAUGAGGAGACUGGAGUCACAGAGGGGUUUUUGCCAUUUGGAUAUGAUGGAGAAGACUUCAUCUCAUUUGACCUGAAGACAUUGACAUGGAUCACUUCAAAACCACAGGCAGUCAUCACCAAGGACAGAUGGGACAAUGACAAAGCUGACAAUGAGUACUGGAAGAACUAUCUCACCCAGGAGUGUAUUGAGUGGCUGAAGAAGUUUCUGGACUACAGGAAGAGCAGUCUGAUGAGGACAGUCCCUCCAUCAGUGUCUCUGCUCCAGAAGACCCCCUCCUCUCCAGUGACCUGCCAUGCUACAGGUUUCUACACCAGGGAAGUCAUAGUGACCUGGAAGAAAGAUGGACAAGAUCACCAUGAAGAUGUGGAGAUGGGAGAGACUCUCCACAACGAUGAUGGAACGUUCCAGAAAAGUGUCCAUCUUACAGUAAAGCCUGAGGAGUGGAAGAACAACAAGUAUCAGUGUGUGGUUCAGGACUCAGGAAUAAAUGAGGUCUUCAUCAAGGUUCUGACUGAGGAUGAGAUCGAGACCAACUGGGAUGUAAAAGACCCAAACACCACUGGCCUCAUCACUGCAGUGGUGGUAACUCUCCUCCUGGUCAUUGUUGCUGCAUUCAUUUGGAAGAAGAAGACCAGGCAAGCUUCUGGUGGUGCUUCUACAUCCUCCAACAACUCUGCUCCAGAAGCACAAGUUCUAUCUCAAAUUAACAGGCAGUUUCUGACACCUGCAUUGAAACAAAUGUAGACAGUCCCGGAUGACAGGCUGAUACAGUGGUUCCCAAAGGUUUUCAGUUACUGAACCAUCAACUGAAUGUUGCUCUGCCAAGUACCCCCUUGUUGGGAACCACUGGUCUGAUACAUUCUGACUUUAUGAGUGAUUGAUGGAAGAACGUGAUGUUACCAAAUAAUAAGACAUUUGCACAUUCUGCUAAGUACUUCGGUAGUGAGAACCCACUGCAAAAUGCAGACUUAUCUCAUGAUGGAGCUCUAACACUACUUUCAAAUGCCACUCAGAGGCUGUAUUCACAAAACAUUUUAUCUUACCACUGGGAGGACUCUUAAACAGUACUGAAAGUUCCUAACUAAGAGUUUCCUCUUAAAACCUAUUCAAAAUGCUGCUAAGACAAACUUUUACUAAGGAAUUGGGAGAUGUCUUAAGCAAAGAGAAA